GCCGCUGGAAACUACAAAUCCCGUGAUGCAUCGGGCUCGGUUGUCUGGCUAGAAUUCGUUCUAGGGAAUUCCGCUGUCUGAGGCCGCCCCUCCUAAAACCUGGCAAUAGUAACCAUUAGCCCUGGAGUGUUCUGCCAUGUUGAAGCAAGCUGUAAGUAAGCUUAUUCGUGGAUCUCUGCACCAAGCUCGCUGGACAAAAUGGUUUCAGAGGGAAUUUCGGCUAGGUCAACUUAUAUCCGUCACCCCACUUCACAAGGACAAGAUCCUUUCUGAUAAAAGAAGUGAGCUGAAGAGACAUUUGAAGGAUGAGAAGCAGCUGAAUCAACCACCUGUCUCCAGUCACUCUGUUGACAAUGGGCUGCCCACUGAUGAGGAGAGCCUGGAUCCACAUCAAUAUUACAAGAUCCGCAGUCAGGCGAUCCAACAGCUGAAGAUCAGUGGAGACAACCCCUACCCACACAAGUUCCAUGUGGACGCUUCACUCAGCCACUUUAUCAAGCAGUACAGUCACUUGCAACCAGGGGACCAUCUGACUGAUGUCACCUUGAGAGUUGCAGGUCGUGUCCAUGCAAAGCGGUCUGCAGGGAAAAAGCUUGUUUUUUAUGAUAUUCGAGGAGAGGGCAGCAAGCUGCAGGUCAAGGCCACAUCCAAGAAUUAUAAAUCAGAAGAAGAAUUUUUUCACAUAAAUAACAAACUUCGACGGGGAGACAUUAUUGGAGUUCAGGGGACUCCAGGGAGGACCAAGAGGGGAGAGCUAAGCAUCAUUCCCUAUGAGAUUACACUCCUGUCACCAUGUCUUCAUAUGUUGCCUCACCUCCAUUUUGGCCUCAAAGACAAGGAAACACGGUAUCGGCAGAGGUACUUAGACUUGAUCCUGAAUGACUUUGUGAGGCAGAAGUUUAUCACCCGCUCCAAGAUAAUUACCUUUAUAAGGAGUUUCCUAGAUGAAUUGGGCUUCCUGGAGAUUGAAACUCCUAUGAUGAACUUCAUCCCAGGAGGAGCUGUUGCCAAACCCUUCAUCACCUACCACAAUGAUCUGGACAUGAACUUGUAUAUGAGAAUUGCUCCAGAGCUCUACCACAAGAUGCUGGUGGUGGGUGGCAUUGACCGAGUUUAUGAAAUUGGACGUCAGUUCAGGAAUGAAGGAAUUGAUUUGACUCACAAUCCUGAAUUCACAACCUGUGAGUUCUACAUGGCAUAUGCAGACUACCAUGAUCUCAUGGAGAUCACUGAAAAGAUGAUAUCAGGAAUGGUGAAGAGCAUUACAGGAAGUUACAAGGUCGUCUAUCAUCCAGAUGGCCCAGAGGGCCAGGCCUACGAUAUUGACUUCACGCCACCCUUCCGCAGAAUCAGCAUGGUGGAAGAGCUUGAGAAAGCUCUUGGAAUGAAGCUUCCUGAAACCAGUCUUUUUGAAACAGAAGAAACUCGUAAGAUUCUCGAUGAUAUCUGUGUGGCGAGAGAUGUGGAGUGUCCCCCUCCCCGGACCACAGCCAGGCUUCUUGACAAGCUUGUAGGUGAGUUCCUGGAAGUGACCUGCAUCAACCCCACCUUCAUCUAUGACCACCCACAAAUAAUGAGCCCACUGGCCAAGUGGCAUCGCUCCAGGGAUGGCCUUUCGGAGCGCUUUGAGCUCUUCGUGAUGAAGAAGGAAAUAUGCAAUGCCUACACGGAGCUGAAUGACCCUGUGCGGCAGCGGCAGCUUUUUGAAGAGCAGGCCAAGGCCAAAGCUGCGGGUGAUGAUGAGGCCAUGAUUAUGGAUGACAGUUUCUGUACUGCCCUAGAGUAUGGGCUCCCACCAACAGCUGGCUGGGGGCUGGGCAUUGACAGACUCGCCAUGCUUCUUACAGACUCCAGUAAUAUUAAGGAGGUUCUUCUCUUUCCUGCCAUGAAACCAGAAAACAAAAAGGUGAAUCCAACAAAUAAUGCUCUUUCAGAAGACCCAUCAGUUGUCACCUUCAGCUAGACAGUAACCUGUGUGUCUUGGCCAACUUUUCUGACUAUCAUUUGUUCAACUUCUGCAACACAGUCCAUUCACCAAGCAAAUAUUAAGCAUUUAGGCUGUUCCAGGAAUUGUGGUGGCUGCUGGGGGUACAAGGACAAGAAUGAAGCUGACCCUUUUCUCAGGGAGAAACUCCAGGGUCCCGCUCUGCCACUUGACAUGUUACUGAAAUAAGACAGCACCAUGAGGACAGCUGGCUGCAUCUUGUUCCCAGUCAAUCAUACCAGUCUCACUGUUCUACUUCAUUUCCCCUUAACCUUGGAAUACCUCCAUUCAGCCAAAUCUAUACUCUAGCAGGGGUGGCUGCUUUCUUAAACUUUACUUGGGACCCAGUGCUGGCAGUGCUCAGAAAAUGGACCUUUUUACUGUAAAGAGCCAUUUGGAGAGUGAAAUGCUACCAUAUUGAGAUUCUUUCAGAAAAUCAGGAACCAUCCAACAGGAGGAUAUAGCAUGGUUGGAGAGAUGACAGGAUUUGGAGGCUCCUGGUUGUGGAUACCCUGUCAGCUCCUUACAAUGGGAGAGUCUCUGGUCCUUCUGUACAACAGCAUUUUUACCCAUCCAUCGACCUUAUCCACUGCGGGUGGAAAGUGCACGGGACCACCAUCAGCAAGACCCGAGUUCAAAUGUGACUUUGGACCCUUCCUCGCUGUGUGACCCUGGCAAGUCACUUCUGUUGGCCAAGAGCGUCUGCCUCCCAGGCUUGUUGGGAGGGUCAAAGAAGAGAAUAUUUGUAGCUCGCUUUGCAAACCCUAAGGGCUAUGGAAAUGCCCCCAUUAUUCUAAACCUCCUCCCUUCUGCCCCCACUCCCACGCCAUGGAGGACCAGGAGGACCCAGAGCAGGAACUCCAGCGCCCCUUAGCCUCCUCUGUGCGCCUGCCUCCCCUCCGGGGAAGGUUCUGGAAGCUAAGGCGCGGGUGCGAGUAGAGCCUGAGACAGGCUUGAUUCAUUAACUCUUGGGAACAUGUUAGUUCACAAAGUGAGGCAUCCCCAAACUGGAUUUGUCUUUUGAUUUCCUGUAAAGAGAUUAUAAAGAGAAAACAAUUGUAUUUCAAAAAAUAAAAUGUGGUGCUUGUGGAUGGAA